AUGAGUCCUGACGAACUCUUGUACUAUCCGUCACGCGGCACCGUGCGCCUUGAGGGCUUGCCCCAGAAGCAACAGUACGUGGAGCCCUACAACUCUCCCUACAUGUUUCUAGAGCCCGAUCCUGGCGGUAGGGUCUCUAGUUCGUCUCCCCUCAAGUCCAAGCAGACGUUUUGCGCCAUCGGCAAGAAGCUGGGCGGCUACCACGUGUAUCGCUUCAACGCGGCCAAAUCAUUCGGCUGUCUGGGCCCACUGCACCCGGUGCGGAAGCUGUGCGUGCGACUCGUCACCAGCCAGUACUUGGACAUGUUUGUCCUAGCCCUGGUGCUCCUUAACACGCUCAUGCUGGCCCUUAAGUACCGCAACUUGUUCCUCGACUCACUGUUCCUCGCACUAUUCACGAUUGACAUCGGGAUCCGGGCGGCAGCCAGGGGAUUCGUGAUGCACAAGUACAGCUACCUGAGCGAGCUGUGGAACUGUCUAGACUUUGUCGUCACCUGCGCCGGGGCCAUCGAGCUGUUUGGCGCUGCUGUGGGGCUCGGCGCGCAGCUACAGAUACUCAAUUCAUUCCGGCCCUUCCGCCUUUUCAAGGUGCUCACCGUCUUCCUGGGUCUCCGGGACAUCGUGAACACCAUCAUCAAGGCAACGACGCGUAUGCUGGAGCUUAUUGUGCUGCUGUUCUUCUGCAUCUGGGUGUUCGCCACGUUCGGCCUACAGAUGUUCAUGUCGGUACUGAAGCGGCGCUGUGUGGUGAGCAGCGAGCGACUGGGUGUGGUGGACGCACAGCUGUACAAGCACAUGGCGAACAACCGCAGCCUCUGGAUGCGCACGGGCUUCGACAAGGACGAGGAUCGCGACCGGCUGGGCUUCCCCUGCGGGAACCUAUUGGCUGCCUAUGCUUGCGAGCCGGGUUUCUCGUGCGUGACGGUAGACGUGGUGGAGGAGCGACGUGUGUUCCCAUCCUACGACAACGUGGUGGACGCCGUGCUCACCACCUUCAACAUAUUCAGCCUCGACAACUGGAACAUUCCCUACAACAUGUUGCUGCAGGCUGUCGGCCCCGCGUGCUUCCCGCUGUUCCUGUGUACCGUGAUGUUCGGUUCGGCGUACCUGAUUAACCUGAUGCUUGCCGUCACCGUGCACACUUACGUCUUGGAGAACAACCUCAAGCGAGCUCGCAGGCAACAGAUGGAUCAGGGAUCUCUAAUGGACUUGACGCUCUUCCAAGAGAUAAGCGAUUUCGAGGUCAACGUGGACCACCUGUAUGUCCAGCCACUCGUCAGCCUGGCUCAGAUACCUAGCGCCCACAAGGUGCGGCAGCUGCGCUUCCAGCAGCGGCUUCGACGCGGCGAAGGGGAGGCCCUCACGCGCGAGCUGGGCUUCGGUGCCUUCGCCGACAUGGUGGUGGACGCGGCGAAUGCGCCCCGGCCGCUGCUGCGAGCCGCCACACGCGCCCCGAAGCGGCCGACCAGCGAACGCGAGCAGCACAUGGACGCCCACGAGCAGCCGCUGUCUGCUGCAGCUGCACCGGUGCUGGGGGCCGUUCGAGCCCAACGUCGCCAGCAUUCGGGCUCUCGAGUGGACAUUCCUCUGCGAGCCGACUGGGCCACCGUGCGACUGGUGUGCCUGGAGCUGGAGAAGAGCCCAAUCCUGGACCUGACCAUCCACGUGCUCAUCAUCCUCAGCACUCUCUUUCUCGCGCUGGACGGCAGCUACGCGAACGCUCAGUUCAAGAGCAUGCUCACCUGGGGAAACAUGGCGGCCAGCGUGGCGUUCUUGAUCGAGAUGACGAUCAAGCUAUCAGCACGGGGCUGGUCCUUCUUUCACAAGAAGUUCUCGGUCCUCGACCUGGGCGCCGUGGUCUGCAGCAUCACCUCCGACUUGCUGGUGCUGUUCCGCUACGAAGUGGGCGUCCGCACUCGCUUCCUCCGCCUCUUCCGACUGGUGUACGUGGCUCGCACUUGGGACACGCUUUUCUACAUGCUCAACAUGAUGCUGUCGCUGCUCAAACCGCUCAUGAACCUGCUGCUCGUCAUCAUGCUCGUGGUCGUAGCGUUCGCCGUAGCCGCCGAGGACAUCUUCGACUCUGGAGACCGGAAGCCGGUGUCACGGUGGAACAGCCACGACUUUAUGCACAGCGUGCUUCUCAUGGUGCGCCUGUUCUGCGGCGACAUGUUCGACCCGCUGGUCAACUGCUUCCACGAGGGUUACGGCAGGCUGCGGUGCGUGGCCUUCUACAGCGCUGUCUUCUUCGUCGGCAACUACGUGCUGCUCAACGUCUUUCUCGCUUUCCUGCUCAGCAGCUUCAACGUCGACAGCAUCGUCGAGAGGAACUCGCCUGGAGAGAUCCUCUUCGAGAAGAUUGUGUUUAACUGCAAGUCGUGUUGCAAGCGCAGCUGGAAGCGAUUAUGGCAACCCUUCGCCAAUGGGACGCAGACACUUCCCACCACAGAGAAGGGCCCUGGCUGGGCGAGAAACGCUUGGCGCGCGGCCCAGCGCCGAGCCCGAGCCCUGACGGGCCACCGCGCGUUCCGUCUCCUCGUGGCCCUCCUCAUUGUGCUCAGCAGCAUCGUGCUGUGCCUGGAAGGUGGCCCUAGACCGGCCAUGGUGCGCGGACGACUGGAGCUGGCGAGUGCGCUGUUCACCGUGCUGCUUAGCGUGGACGUCGCCCUGGUGCUUGUGGCCAAGGGCCCGCACGCCUACUUCUCGUCCGGAUGGCACCUGCUUGACUUCAUUGUGCAGUCGACGUCGCUGCUCUACGAGGUUUUUGACGUGAUCGGCGUUCAAGGCUCGGUGAUCAACGUUCUGCGCGCCACCAGGGCUCUGAGACCCGUGCGAAUCGUCUCUCUGUUGCCGGGGAUGAAGGUGGGAUUUAUAGCUUCUCUAUCAAAGGUCUAA